AUGAACACGUGGAUCGCAUUGCUACUUGUUUCUAUCGCCUUCGUUGCCGCUUUGGAGGAGAGCGAGCAGAAUUACGUUAAUGAGCUGGUUGGAGCCGGAAUCUCUGAAGAAACAGCAAAGGGAAUCGUCGAUAUUGGAAUCAAACACAAGCCUGAUGCCUCCAACCCCAACGAGACUGGCCGAACAAUCUUCGAAGCUGUUCAGCGCGAAACCGAAGAAUACAUAAAGACGAGAUCACAGGAAGAUCAAACCGCCUUCAAUCAAUAUAUUGCUCAGAAGAAGGCUGAAUUCGAGCAACCAUCAGUCAUUGAGAGCACUGCAUAA